GUUGGGAUGCCAGAUGGUGGCUAGGUGCAGGUAGCACUACUAGGGCCCGGGGGGAGCGGCUUGGAAUGUAGAGCAAUGGCUUCCUGUGCAGUCCCAUUUGCCCAGCGAGCAAUUCACUUUUCAGCAGACUCUGAUGACGAAACUCCACUCCGAACGAUGUCAGUCGCUGCAUUGUAUGCAAGGGACGACUGUUUCAGAAAGGCCUUCAAGCGAAAGAGGGCCUCUGAGGAGGGGGCAAGCGACUCCAAGCAGAAGGAGAUAAAAAGUCAGCAAGCUGGAGGGGAAGGCAAGGCCAAGAAGGAAGCGUUAGUGACUGAGAACACAAACCCAGGCCUAAUGUGUCCUGCUAGAGUAGCAUGCAAGGUAGAGGAGGUCCAAUCAGUUGACCCAGAUGUGGCGCGACAAACCAGGACACCAAGUCUUGGGCUCAAACUCCCAUCAAAACUGAACCAGAUGAGAGGGCGGAACGAGCGAGGGGAGCGAGAAGGAAACAGUGGGGGUCAAGAAGGGGCUUGAAUCUAAAAGAUUCAGAAAACUUGACAGGAGUUCGCCGUGCCUCGUCUGCAAAUCUGAACAAUGGCGCAGUGGGACUUGAAGCACGCAGACACUCCGUCAAGAAGGAAGCCUGCGUUGGUGAGCCCGUGCGCAUCAAGCGAGAAGCGGGUGCGGACGGUGGGGGCUCUUCUGGGGCCACUUCAAUUGCUCCAGUCAAUGUCAUCGACCUGGAUGGGCCCAAAAGUGCAGCCACUUGAGUGCGGAUGUUGCUAUGGGUCGGUCACCCACUUCUCUUCGCUGCACUGCGAAGCCGGCCACCGCCUCUGCAUCAACUGCAUCAUCAAGCGCGCCAACGGAAUAGUCUUUGACAAAGAGAGCGACGCGGCGUGGGGCCUACAAUGCUUUGCGCUUUCGGAGAGCGAGUGCCCCAAAGCCCUCUCACUCGAAGUCCUGCAGGCCUUACUGCCUGAGCCCCUCUACGAAAAGUUGAGGCUCAAGUGCUUCAAUCAAGAUUACCCUUUGGAAAAAGACAAGAGGAAGUUAACAAAGAAUGUGUUGUGUCCCAGCUGCAAAGAGUGGUGGCGAGUAGGCACGAGGGCGACUAUCAUCUCUACGGAUCCAAUCCUAAAGCACUUCUGUAAGAGCACGUGCAUCCGCUGCAAGCAGAUAUGGAAGCAGGGCCAUAAGUGCGCAGCACAAGCAGGAGCCGAAGAGGGGACGAGCGAGAGGAUUGCCGAUGCUCAAGCGGGACAAGCCACCCAGACGAAGAGAAGCCUGAAGUCGAACGCAUGCAAGGCUUCGAUCGGAAAGAGGUUUGCUGGUGCUGAGAAAGUCGAAAAGGUGGCGAGGAGGAGUAGACGGGCGGAAGGGGGCGCUCAGGGGCAGAGUUGUGCUUCCGAAGCGGUUUGGGGCAGUGGCGACAUGAGUCGGGGGCCAGACAGAAGCAGCGGUUCAAGGACCGAAGAAGACGAGCUGCGGCUUCAGCGGGAGGAGGCGCUGACUGCGGCGGUGCUGUCCAGCUGCCCUGAGUGCGGGGUGGAAGUGGACAAGAACAACGGCUGUAACAAGGUGCAUUGUGGAAAUUGUCGUACGAGUUUCUGCUUUCUUUGCAAGUCCGUUAUACGGAGGGGUGAGGGCUAUACCCAUUUCUCUGUCCAUAGCACUCGCGAGGGUACACAGGAGAGGUGCUCGGAGUGCGGGAAAUGCAAGACGAGCAGUACGAACAAGAAGAGAAAGGAUGAGAAGCGAGCGGAGGUAGAGAAGAAGUUCCAAGAUAUAGAGGCCAGCCGAGCAUCAUCUUGAGAUUUGAUAAGUAGUCUCCCUUGUGUCUAACUAAGUCGCCCAAAGUACACUGACUUUGUGUGCACUCAUUGUCACUGGCAAGAAGACAUAGUUUCUGGGAGCCAUCAUCACGCUAGCAAUUGCUGAUUGCGGACCAGGUGGCGCCCUGCAGGGAAUAAUAUAGCCGACACGCCAGCUGCUCAAUCAUGCAUGUUGACCAG